UUUGGUCGAUCUCCAGCCAAAAUUUUAAUUUAUUUAAAUUUAGUAUGUCUCCUAAAGGGUGAAGGGGGUUCUAUGGAAAUAUUCUUCUCUUUUUCCAGUUUCAGCUUCUAUUAUUUUCUUAUGAGUUUUCUUCUUCCUUGUACGGUUCUAAAUAGGCAUAUAAGUAAGGUUUUGAUAUGAAAACGUCACAAUAUAUCGGGGUAAUUAAAUGCAAAUUUAAUUAUCAAACACAAGUAAUGUUACUCUUCCAAUGCCAAAAUAUAUAUACCUGAGCUUUUAGGGCAUAAGUUUCUGUAUCAAAAGGGCCAUUAGGGUUGAUAAGAGUUCCCUUCUUGCCUGCAUUUUUCACAACCAUCUUAUGAAGCUCUUUUUUGGAAAAUUCAAAAGUAUCUGGCAUGCUAACUUGGUUAAUCACAUGGUUGGGAUUUCCUUCGAUGAAAGUGGUUUUCUUGUUCUUUCUAUUCUUCUCCUUGUUAAUUAGUUUUUGAUGAUAUCCAUACUCUUCUGAAGUUGGAUCAACAGUUGGAUUCUAAACUUUAAUCAGCAAAGGCUACUAGAAAAAUGGGCUAUUUAAGAUUCUUCAGUUUUUAAGAAAUGGAUAAAUAAAAGUCCUGAUUAGCAUCUGGCUACAUUAUUUGGGCAAGCUAAGUUCUGAUCAAUCGUAGGGAACAUUAGUUUUAGACAAAAUUUUAGCAAAUAUGGGUUUAAAUAGUUGAAAUAUAAUAUGCAAACUACUAAAUAUUUACCUCAUCUUUCUCGUCCUGUACAGUCUGAGCCUUAUAUUUUUGAUAUCCUUCAUGAAGCCCUUUGAAAAUUGGUAAUUUUUCUUCUUCAUCACUUAAUUCUGCUUUCUUUGUUCUAUUCUUUUUCUUUCUUUGACUCUUCUUGUCGAUAACUUCGUAGUGAGAAUUGUCAGUGUAUACUUUAAUCUUACAAUAUUUGUUAUUAGUCAUUUUAGUAUUUUGCUCAACAUUUUGAACAACUUUAAUAUCAUCUGGUUCUCGUCCAAUAUACCCAAUAUCAUCUUGGACUUUAUUAAAUGUGCAGUAAUUUGCGAUGUACUUAUUAACCUCAUUUGCUGGUUUCUUAGCAAUCUUCUUGUUGGUCUUGUACUUAGACUCUCUUUUUACCAUUGUUUUUAUUAAUUAACUUUGAUAAUCCUAAUAAAAUUCUGAUUUUAUUCAUUCAAUCCAGCCAAUUA